AUGCGCGGUGCCUGUGGCAUGGCGGCUUUUCCACUUCCUUCUUCGUUUUCCAGCUGGGCUGUGAUUGUGCGAAUACUAGUGACGAUCGAGCAGCCACUCGCUGCGAGGACUCAAAGCACUCAGCCUUUGUGUGGCUCAGUGGGUAUUCCCAGCUCAAAGGCACAGCACACGACCGCCGUCCACCCAUCGAACCGUGUUGCUCCGACGAGCGUUGUCAGCCUUACGUACGCUCGCCCUGUGCACGACGCACUCCGUCGUCUACAGCACCCGGGCGUGUCCGCAGAAUGGAACUGGAAAAGGCAAAGGCGAAGCGCUGUGAACACCCUCGAUGACGUCGUCGGCGCCACUGGGGAGACCGCUCGAAGACAGGGUCCAGCGGGCGAAGACCACGGCUGGGGUUAUGGGAAAGAGAACCGCGGCCAUGCGUCGCAGGGCCCACAGCGACCGAGCGGCACACAGAACCCGGGAGUCGCCAGUUGUCGGACAGUCCACGGCUGCGUCACCAAGCCCCUCCAAGGAGCAGCGACCACGGGCUGCUUCAUGCUCCUCACAUCGUAG